CCAAACUAAACAUAGCUACACAUUUUUCGAAUCGAUUUAAAAAAUUGCAAAAUGUUAACUAAAUUUUCAAAAGGCGUAACUUAUUUUAAGUUCCAAUCCUCAUUAAAAUUAAGAAGAUACUUAACAAAAAGUUGUACCGGUCUUGAAGAAGGCAAGGAAUUAACCCUUCAGAUUAAAACUAAUAUUGAAAAAUAUUGGCAAGAUGAAGUUAAUAAAGGCGAGUUUCAUCCUCAGAAUGUAACCAAGGAUAAUAAGUUUUAUGUACUGUCCAUGUUUCCUUACCCCUCCGGUAAUCUUCAUAUGGGUCACGUUCGCGUAUAUACAAUUAGUGAUGCCAUGGCACGAUAUUAUAGAAUGAAUGGAAAAAAUGUUUUUCAUCCAAUUGGUUGGGAUGCUUUUGGUCUUCCUGCUGAAAAUGCGGCUAUCGAAAGAAAAAUAGAUCCUGCUGAAUGGACAAAACAGAAUAUUAAACAAAUGCGAGAACAAUUAAAAAAGCUGGGAUGUUCAUUUGACUGGGAUCAUGAAAUUGCAACUAGUCAUAAAGAGUAUUAUAAAUGGACACAAAAACUUUUUCUUUUGAUGUAUGAAAAAGGUUUAGCUUAUCAAAAGAAUGAAUUAGUAAAUUGGGAUCCUAUAGAUAAAACUGUUUUGGCACAUGAGCAAGUUGAUAUCAAUGGCCGUUCAUGGAGGUCUGGAGCAAAAGUUGAAAAAAAAAUGUUAAAGCAGUGGUUCAUUAAAACUACGAAAUUUGCAAAACAAUUGUUAGAUGGCUUAGAUGAUCCCAUUUUGCAGGAGUGGCGGGAUAUUAAAAACUUACAAAGACAUUGGAUUGGUGAAUGUGAUGGAUAUUCGUUUGAUUUCGAAAUCAAGAACGAUAAUGAAAAAGUAGACAUUAUAAGAAUUUGGACUGAUAGGCCAGAAAUUUUACUAGACCAAAAUAGUUUUGUUGUUAUUAAAACAAAUAAUCAUCUGGCAAAAUUUGAAAACAUCGAGCUACAAAUUUAUAAUCCAUUUAAUAAAUUAAAGGUCCCGAUAAGACUAUUUGAUGAUGUAGAAUUUCCCUUGGGAUGUGAUUAUUAUUGGGCUGCACCUAGUUUUAAUGAAAAUGACAAAAUUUUAGCAGAACUUUUAAAUGUAGAUUUAAAAACCAAUUAUUUCGAUACAACGGAAAAGUCAUAUCGCCAAGCUGUUAUAAAAAUGGCAAAAAAUUUGGAUAUUGGAGGAUAUCCCGUAAGCUCAAAAUUAAAAGAUUGGUUAAUAUCCAGACAAAGAUUUUGGGGCACACCAAUUCCUAUAAUACACUGCGAUAUAUGUGGUGCUGUGCCAGUGAAAGACGAAAAUUUGCCAUUUUUACCAGUUCAGCAAGCAUUAAGCACCAAAGAUAAUGAUAAUGAAAUAUUAGUUCCGUGUCCAAAAUGUGGUGGUCAAGCAAAAAGAGAAAAGGAUACUAUGGAUACAUUCGUUGAUAGUGCGUGGUAUUACUUAAGAUUCUUGGACCCUAAGAACAAAGAUAAAAUUUAUGAUCAAAAUUUAAUUGAUAAAUGUAUGCCGGUGGAUUUAUAUAUUGGUGGAAAAGAACACGCUGUUUUGCAUUUAUAUUAUGCCAGAUUUAUUAAUCAUUUUUUGUACAGUAUUGGUAUGUCACCUCAUUCUGAACCUUUUAAAAGACUUCUUGUUCAGGGAAUGGUUAUGGGUCAAACAUUUAAAGAUAAAAAAACAGGCAUGUAUUUAAAUGAUAAUGAAGUAGAAAUAGUAGACAUGAAAAAAGGUAAAGCUAUUUCUAAAUUGACUAAAAAUCCUGUAACUGUUAUGUGGGAAAAAAUGUCUAAAUCUAAAAACAAUGGUGUCGAUCCUAAUCAAAUAAUUGAAGAAUAUGGGAGCAACACAACAAGACUAAUUUUAUUGGCUGAUGUUGCCCCUACAUCACAUAGAAAUUGGUCAAAAGCAACUUUUCCUGGAAUAUUGAAUUGGCAAAAAAGACUGUGGUUAACAAUUAACGAGUUUGAGGAAUUACGGAAAAGCAAUGAUAUUGAAGAUUCCUCAAAUACUUGCCCCGUUUUUAAAAAUGAAGAUUUGAAACUUUAUGAUGCUAGGAAUUAUUACGUGAAAGGAGUUACCUUUAAUUUCAAACAUUCGUAUCAGUUAAGUGUAGGAAUAUCGAAAAUGCAAGGACUGACCAAUGCUUUGAGAAGAGCUCCUAAAAAUGUUAUUAAGUUCGGAAGUCAUUAUGAAACGGCUUUGGCGGCUCAAUUGAUUAUGCUUGCGCCCAUAGCACCACAUUUCGCAUCGGAAUUAUGGUCUAGAUUUUGUUCUACGCCUAAUAGAAUAAAUACAAACCUUGUUGAUAUAGAAUGGGAUCGAGACGUUUUACGUCAAAAAUGGCCUGAUAUUGAUAUGGAAUAUAAUUUAGAUUUCACUGUUAAAAUAAAUGGUUUUGAAAAUUGUAUUGUUAAAAUCCCGCGGAAGCAGUUAGACUAUAUCACUUACGAAGAGGCGAUGGACAUUGCAUUCAAUACGGAAUCUGUUACAUCUUUUGUAACGGACCGUAAAAUCAAAUCGUCAAAUUUAAUUUUGUAUAAAGGUGUUGAGGCAAUCUUAAAUAUUUAUUUGGAAAAACCGUUAAACAAAGAGGUUAAAAUGUUGUAGCAUUAAUUGUUAUUUUUUUCUUUUUUUAAAAUAAAUUCAUUUAUAAAUUAUU